CUCAGGUCUCGCCGAUGCUUCUACGAUGCUUUGUUUAGUGUCGGCCGAACUUUAACCGACGCUUAUAAGCGUCGGUAAAGAUCAUAAAAAACGUCGGAAAAAAUGUAUUUUUCUGUAGUGCUAGUGAGGAUGGGACGAGUGCAACCACCACUCUCUUGGCCUUUAUUUCUCUCCUUCAUUCUUGGAUUCGCGAACACUGAUGCCUUUCUUCCUCUCUUUUUGUGGCUUCAAGCACUCCCUGCUACCAGUCUCCUUACUUCCCUCCAAUAACCGAUCGUUGAAGCACUAAUUUUUCUUCCCUAUUUUCUAUUUUAUUCCUCCCUUGUUUCGACUCAUUGUCCUUCCUGAUCUCUUCACUGUUGUGCACAGCCGCAAUUGCACUCCUUCCUUCAGUUCCUUGCAGGACCGGGUCAUCAUGCUUGCAUCGGGUUCAUCACUGGAAUGCCUCCUCCCUGCUUCUGUUCGCCUAACGUCUCCUCUAUUCUCUCAACUCUCUACCACCUUUUGUCUCCACAGCAACCUCUCAGCUCCACUGCCAUAUCUCUCUCCCUCUCCCUCUACCUCUUUUACAUUUUCGUUGGCUUGCCCUACUAACCGGCACCUAAUGACCCCCUGUUUCAACUUUUUCUCAAUCUCUUCUGAUCAUCUCGGGAUCCUCUGCUCACAACCUUCCCUAUUCUGACUAUCCAUCGCUUUGAUUCAGUUCCACUGCUGCCCCUCGAACUUACUCUCCUUGUGCCUCUUUGUUCCCUCCUUUCUUUGCUCAUGUACAGCCCUUGUAGAGCAGGCGCCAGCCCCUGGCAAACUAACCCCUCUCCCCCAUUUUACUCUCUCUCUCUCUCUCUCUCAACACCCUUGCCUUCAUUUUCCUGUUAACACUCUCUAAGAGCCUCAGUUGCUAGGAUAAUCUUCCACCCUAACCUUAAACGUGCCCCUACUCUAUAAUCUUCUUCAUUAUCAUUUUUCUCUAAUCUUGGUAUUGCCGCUGAGACUAACUUGCCCUAGGCACCGCAGCGAGAAACACGACGAUGCUAGAGAGUUCGGUAGUCAACUAUUAUGGUUGGAAUUGGAGAAGGCUAGCGACGCUCAGUCGUUGCAGCCGAGAUCCUCGUUAAAUGGCAGCACUCCGACAUAAAAUAACGUAAAGCAAAAAAGUCCUCUUGCUAAAACGUAUCCAGCAGGGGAUCCUUCGUGCCUAAGUCAUUGUGGGUAAUCAGAGAACAUGAGGAGGUUGUCAGUCAGUUUGUUAGGGCGUUUUUCUUACUUACCUCCUCUGUCCUUCCUUUUCAUGUAUAUCUGGUGGAGGAGCCUACCUACCACCAAAAAAUUAGAGCAUGUGGGUCGAUCAGAAGUGAUUGGCUUGAGUAUAGCCUGGAUAUCUCACUACAAGAAAAUGGGGUUUUACCGACCCUUUUUUGCCGACGCUUUUUACAAGCGUCGGCGAUUUUCGGUCCAGCCCCAAUAUAUGCCGACGCUUUUUAAAAGCGUCGGCCAUAGACGACGCUAAUUAGCGUCGCGGUAUAUUAUGGCCUAAGACGACGCGUAUAUGCGUCGUCAGAACACAAAUUCACAAGCGGGCCGUUCCCCUCCUCAUUCUGCUCCUCUCCUCCUUCCUCCUCUCCGGCGACGAACUGCCACGACGCAGCCCACGUGACCCUCUGUGUUUGGUGCGCCCGUCGUUCGCCCCUGCAAGCAAAGAGGGGCACCCUCUCGGUCAUAAGCAUUCUAUGGUCGGUGGGAACUCAAACCACCUUCUGAAGAACGGACAAAGAGAAAAGGAGGAGGAAAUAUCUCAGCCGAUAAGGAAUCGAGAAAGACCGGAGCGGAGCCCUAGAAGAAGAUCCAAGAAGGAGAAACAAGGUCACAAGAAGCAGGAGAGUAGCAGAAAUGACAGAGCCAGAAAGGAGGCUGUUCAGUGGGGGGAUUGCCGGGGCGGUCUCGCGAACCGCGGUCGCUCCCUUGGAGACGAUCAGAACGCAUCUCAUGGUAGGUAGCAAUGGGAACUCGACGACCGAAGUGUUCCACACUAUUAUAGGGACUGAGGGGUGGAAGGGGUUGUUUCGUGGCAAUUUUGUCAACGUCAUCCGAGUUGCUCCAAGCAAGGCUAUCGAGAUUCCUGAAACUUUAAAAGCUCAUAGAGAUGAUGAUGAUGGAGCUGAAUCCCGUCCAUGAUACCUUCUAGACUGGUUUUUAUGAAGUUUGAUAUGUAUAUGUUUCUUAUUUUGCAAAGUACAUUGUAAUUCUAAGAUAUGACAAUUUAAAUAUUUCGAAUGAUUUGAAUGUUUGUGUCAAUAUAAAUGUAAUACAGGUUCAUAUUGUUAUAAUGUGUUUUUAUAA